CAAAACAAACGGUGGCGAAGCGGGGUACGAGCGGGGACGCGACGCGCCAGUCAGAGCAGCGACGCCGCCCGCAUCGGCCGCGAGAACGGCGCCGCUCGCGACAUUUACGAAAAUCGAUGCACGAUCCGUAACCGGCAUUUAACAUUAAUUAACUACUGUAAUUUUGAUAUUAAUAUUUGAUGAUAGUCGUUAUGACGGGCUCCGCGCGCAUUUACCACCCAUGUUUGUGAUGUGUCACUCGUGUUGACUGUUUAGGGUUGUCUCACGAUUUUCAACUUUGGAAAUAAGAGCGCUUUUGGAUCCUAUGCAGCUACACAGCCGUAAUUCAUAUCAUCGUCAGCUGGUGUUUCUAUGAUUAUAAGCCUAAUCGCUGCUACGCUACCAUAAUUCACAGUUUGAUGUUACGGAGCGUAAAUUGAUCGUGACCAUCGCAGUGCGCGCUAAGUUGCCCGUCACUUGUGUAUCUGUGCAAUUUCAUUGUGAACGUUGUUGAAGUGCAGUGGGUUGAUAGUAAUGUGAGGAUGCUUGUGCGUGGCCAUGUCAGUGGCGAAGAAAGAUAAGCCGACUAUGUCGGUAACGGCACUUAUCAACUGGGCACGACCCUUGCCGCCAGGCCAGCAGCAGCAGCAGCCGAUGACGCCUACGUCGCCUGGAAGCAUGCUUCAGCCCAUGGCUACACCGUCUAACAUACCGACUGUUGACUGUUCGCUGGAUAUCCAAUGGCUGAACUUAGAGAGCGGUUUUAUGUCGCCGAUGUCACCGCCGGAGAUGAAGCCAGACACGGCGAUGCUAGACGGCUUGCGAGACGACUCCACCCCGCCCCCUGCAUUCAAGAACUACCCCCCCAAUCAUCCCUUAAGUGGUUCCAAGCACCUCUGUUCUAUAUGUGGAGACAGAGCGUCGGGAAAACAUUAUGGAGUAUACAGUUGUGAGGGUUGCAAAGGGUUUUUCAAGAGGACGGUAAGAAAAGAUCUGACGUACGCGUGUCGUGAGGAGCGUAACUGUAUAAUAGACAAGCGGCAGAGGAAUAGGUGCCAGUACUGCAGGUAUCAGAAAUGUCUGGCUUGCGGGAUGAAGAGGGAGGCAGUUCAAGAGGAGCGACAAAGGGCAGCCAGAGGUGCGGAGGAUGCACAUCCAAGCAGCUCAGUGCAGGUACAGGAAUUGUCAAUCGAGCGGUUGUUGGAGAUGGAGUCGAUGGUGGCUGAUCCCACUGAAGAGUACCAGUUCCUCCGUGUAGGGCCUGACAGUAAUGUGCCACCUAAGUUCCGUGCCCCUGUCUCAAGCCUUUGUCAGAUAG